CCAUUAACAUUAAUACUAAGUGUGUUUAUUAUUAGUAUUAAACUAAAGUUUUUAUGUAUUAAUUUUGAAGUUAGGGGGUGAAAUAAAUUAAUGGCUUAACAAAUAAAUGGCCUUGGAAAGGGUCAAAGGUGGUUAAUUGAGGAGAGAGGAAAGAGGGUUUUAGAGGUUCCUUUUAUUAUUUUUUAUUUCUUUUAAAAAGAGGCCUUGGGACUCGUGCGUAAAGAGGAAGAGGAAAAAAUUUUCAAAGAAAGAAAAAGGGAAAAAAAAAUUUCUUAUUGAAACCCUAGCCGCCGCACGCCGCCGCCGCCGCCGCCGCCGCGAACCCGAGCCGCCAAGCACCCCUCUCUGUUCAGCAGCGCAGCCGAGCCGCAGCCGCAACCGAGCCGUCGCCGAGCUUCCAGCCGCGCCGGGAGAAUCGUCCAAGCCGAUCUGCGCAGCCGAGCGUCCGUCGGAGCAGCCGUCUCUCGCACGCCGAAGCCGAGUCGAAGCCGCCUCCGCGCGUCCGCAGCCAACCCGUCAGCCAGCCGAGUCGCGCCGCUUCGAUCCGACGCAAGCGCAGCCGAAACGCCAGUCGGUAGCCGUCGCCGAGCGAAGCCGCGGUAGCCGGACCACCAGCAGCCGCCGCGCCACCCGAAAUCCGGAAGCCGAAGCCUCGCGCGCAAAGGUCCGACCGAAGACCCGCCCCGCAACCCGAACCGACGCGCGCCACCUUCUGGAACCCGACCCGCGCCCGCGUGCAUCCGUGCGUGAGCCGCGCCCGCGUGUGAAGCCGCGCCGCGCGCUUUUGUGUAGCCGAGCCGCGUCUCCCCUGUUGCAAGCCGAGCCGCGUCUCCCCCUGUUGCAAGCCGAGCCGCACGCGUAAUUCCUGUACCGAGCCGAGCCGCGUCUGCCCGAGCCGAGCCGGUCCUGUCUUCUUCCAGCCGAGCCGCCAGGACUAAUUUGGCUCCAUCCACCUAAAUUGUGGUAAUCUAAUUAAUUAUUGUGGUUUUUCCGGUAAGACUCCAUGCUCGGACGUUAGUUAAAUUAAUUUGGGUCUAAAUUAAAUUAUUUUCUCAAGGGACGUCUUGGACCAAGAAAUUACUGCAGCGCGGGAUUUCUUCAGUAGGGGCUCGAGCACUGCAACCUCCUUCUAGGGUAAGUUAUUUCAAUUGAGUCUCGAACCGUUAGUCGUUGGCGACCUAUUUACAAAUUUUGACUUAUUAAACAGUUAGGACUUCGUCGCUUGGAAAGCGUACUGCCUCGCGGUUAGGACUCGACAAGUAGAUCUCCAGGGAGAAUGCCGCCACGUAGAGGUACACGCCGAGGAGGUGGUAGGGGAGGCAGAGGAGCCGGUCGUGGCCAGCCGGAGGCGCCACCUGUUGCACCGGCAGUCGACCCAAACGCACCGGUCACCCAGGCGGAUCUCGCCGCGAUGGAGCAGCGUUAUCAGGACAUGCUGCAAGCUGCUUUGGCGCCUUUCCUUGCCGCCCAGCAGAACCAGGCCGCCCCCGUUCAGGCCCAGGCCGCCCCUGCUCAGGCCCAGGCCGCCCCUGUUCAGGCUCAGGUCGUCGCUCCUCCAGCCCCUGAGGAAGCUCAACCAGUACCAGUUCAACUGUCGGCCGAGGCGAAACACUUACGGGAUUUCAGGAAGUAUAAUCCCAAGACCUUUGACGGAUCCAUGGACAACCCCACAAAGGCCCAAAUGUGGUUGACGUCCAUAGAGACUAUCUUCCGGUACAUGAAGUGCCCAGAAGACCAGAAGGUGCAGUGUGCAGUCUUCUUCUUGGAGGACAGGGGCACCGCCUGGUGGGAGACCGCGGAGAGAAUGCUAGGGGGCGAUGUAAGCAAAAUAACUUGGGAGCAGUUCAAGGAGAACUUCUAUGCUAAGUUUUUCUCCGCCAAUGUGAAGCACGCCAAGCUGCAAGAGUUCCUAAACUUGGAGCAAGGCGACAUGACGGUGGAGCAGUACGACGCCGAGUUCGAUAUGCUGUCCCGCUUUGCUCCCGAUAUGGUAAGAGAUGAGGCUGCCAGGACGGAGAAAUUCGUUAGAGGACUCAGGCUAGACCUUCAGGGCAUUGUCAGAGCCCUCCGCCCAGCCACGCAUGCUGAUGCACUACGUAUAGCACUGGAUUUGAGCCUGCCUGAGAGAGCCGAUGCGUCUAAGGCUGCCGGCAGAGGGUCAGCCUUGGGACAGAAGAGAAAGGUUGAGACGCAGUCUGACGUAGCACCGCAGCGAACAUUGAGGUCAGGAGGUGUCUUCCAGAGACACCGACGGGAGCUUGCAGCAGCCGGGAGGACUCUGAGAGAGCUACCCGCUUGUACUACCUGCGGGAGAGUCCACGGAGGUCGUUGCUUGGCUGGAAGUGGAGUCUGCUUCAGGUGCAGACAGCCGGGGCACACUGCUGAUAUGUGUCCUCGGAAACCCUUUGAGACGACACCGCCCCAGCCUUCUGCGGCCCAGCAGGGGAGAGUUUUCGCCACUACCCGGCAGGAGGCCGAGCGAGCUAGCACUGUGGUGACAGGUACGCUCCCAAUUUUGGGGCACUAUGCUUUUGUGCUAUUUGACUCUGGGUCAUCCCACUCGUUUAUAUCCUCCGUUUUCGUUCAGCAUGUGGGUUUGGAGGUAGAGCCUUUGGGUAGUGUUUUGUCGGUUUCUACUCCAUCCGGGGAGGUCCUGUUGUCCAAAGAACAAAUAAAGGCAUGUCGGGUAGAGAUAGCGAAUCGUAUGUUAGACGUGACCUUGUUAGUGUUAGACAUGCAGGAUUUUGAUGUGAUACUAGGCAUGGAUUGGCUGUCAGCCAACCAUGCAAAUAUAGACUGUUAUGGCAAGGAAGUUGUCUUCAACCCUCCCUCCGAGGCUAGUUUCAAAUUCAGGGGGGCAGGUAUGGUAUGUAUACCCAAGGUCAUCUCAGCCAUGAAGGCUAGUAAACUACUCAGCCAGGGUACUUGGGGUAUUUUGGCAAGCGUAGUGGAUGUGAGAGAGCCAGAAGUUUCCCUAUCUUCCGAACCAGUGGUAAGAGAGUACCCCGACGUUUUCCCAGACGAACUCCCAGGACUUCCGCCUCCCAGAGAGGUAGACUUCGCCAUCGAGUUAGAGCCGGGCACUGCCCCAAUUUCGAGGGCCCCUUACAGAAUGGCUCCAGCCGAGCUAAAGGAGUUGAAGGUCCAGUUACAGGAGUUGCUGGACAAAGGCUUCAUCCGGCCCAGUGUGUCGCCUUGGGGAGCCCCAGUAUUGUUCGUGAAGAAGAAGGAUGGGUCAAUGCGCCUUUGUAUUGACUACCGAGAGCUGAACAAGGUGAUAGUCAAAAACCGCUACCCCUUGCCCAGGAUUGAUGACCUGUUCGAUCAGUUGCAGGGAGCCACCGUCUUCUCCAAGAUCGACCUGCGAUCAGGCUAUCACCAGUUGAGGAUUAGGGACGGUGACAUCCCCAAGACGGCCUUUCGAUCGAGGUACGGACAUUACGAAUUCGUUGUGAUGUCUUUCGGCUUGACUAACGCUCCUGCAGUAUUCAUGGAUCUGAUGAACAGGGUGUUUAAGGAGUUUCUAGACUCGUUCGUCAUAGUCUUCAUUGACGACAUCCUCAUUUACUCAAAAACUGAGGCGGAGCACGAGGAGCACCUACACCAGGUUUUGGAGACCCUUCGAGCCAACAAGUUGUAUGCCAAGUUCUCCAGUAGAGGGGGCGUUAAGGUGGCGUGGGCAGAAGUGUGUCUUCCUUUUGAGGAGGGUGGGCUUGCUAUCCGUGAUGGGCCUUCUUGGAAUAUUACGAGUACUAUGAAGAUUCUUUUGUUGCUGCUAGCUAGUUCAGCUUCUCUUUGGAUGGCUUGGGCGAAGGCUUAUAUUCUUAAGGAGAGGUCGCUGUGGGCAGUUAAUACUGGGAUUGGUCGAUCUUGGUGUCUUCGGGCUAUCUUGCAUAAGCGUGAUAGUCUAAAAGAACAUGUUUGGAUGAGGGUGGGGGAUGGCAGGAGAUGUAGAGUGUGGCUUGAUCCGUGGUUGCAGGGGGGUCUCAUUCUUGAGUAG